AAACGGAGAAAGUUAAGAGAGGGAGGCGGACAUUUCGAAGCUCAACCUCUCCCAACUGCACUAAACCAACCAAACUCUCAUGAUAAAAAACCAUUUCUCUUCUUCUCGAUUUUGCCCCCUCGAAUUCACUAUAAAUUUCCUCUCUUAUCCCAGAUCCUCCAUUUUCUUCUUCUUGCUUGUUAUCCCCCUCGACUUCUCUGUUCCCUUCGACUCGACUCGCUCUCUCUUCCAUGGAGUCCUCCGCUGUUCUCCGAUCCUUUCACUAUUCUGGAGGGAGGACAUCACAUGUGCGAUCCUUACUUGAGAAACCUGGUUGGGUAGCUGUAUAUAAUGCCAACUGGACCAUUCCAAGUAAAUUCUGCUCUCAAGGUGUGGCGGUUAAUGGGAAGCUCGUAUAUUCAUCAACAAAGCGGAAGGGGGUGAUGGCAUCAUCUGCAAAGACAUCUGAAGCUACCGAAACAUCUAAGUCUGAUGUUUCAACAGAUAGCAUUACCCGAGGCUCAUUGAAGAAGAAAACACCAUUCAAUGCUACUUUUCCUAAUGGAUUUGAGGCACUCGUGCUAGAGGUCUGUGACGAGACUGAAAUUGCUGAGCUGAAACUAAAGGUUGGAGAAUUUGAAAUGCAUCUGAAGCGGAACAUUGGAGCCAUGAAAACUCCCAUGUCUGGAAUUUCACCAAUGACACCGCCACCUAUUCCAACAGAACCCAUGGUUGAAUCAGCACCUGCUUCCCCACCACCAUCACCACCAAAAGCUUCCAAUCCAUUUGCGAAUGUCCCCAUAGAGAAGUCCUCAAAGUUAGCAGCCUUAGAGGCUUCUGGAUCCAAUGCAUAUCUCCUAGUAUCAUCUCCUACGGUUGGUUCAUUUCGUAGGGGCAGAACAGUGAAAGGGAAGAAGCAACCUCCUAUCUGUAAAGAGGGUGAUUUGAUAAAAGAAGGACAAGUAAUUGGAUAUUUGGAUCAGUUUGGCACUGAACUUCCUGUGAAGUCGGAUAAGGCUGGAGAAAUCUUAAAGAUCCUAUUUGAUGAUGGAGAAGCUGUCGGUUAUGGAGACCCACUUAUUGCUGUCUUGCCAUCAUUUCAUGGUAUCCAGUGAGCUCUCCCCUGUCUUGCCAUCGUUUGCCUCUUCUUAAGUAGGGCACGUAAAGCAUAGUUGGUGAUUGACAUCUCUUGUGAGUUGAAUUGGGUGUAGAUCCGGGAAUGUUUGUUUAAGCAUUAUAAUAUUGAGAAAGUGGGUUGUUUUCUUAGGACUAUGUUUCCUGUAUUUUUUUAAUCUGCAUAUGGAGGCAUGUCGUUCAGCUUAAAAACCAUGAGGAUGCUUCAUUAAAUUAGGUUUCGACCCUGUGUGACA